AUGGAAGAUAAUAACUCCUAUCGAAGACUCAUAGGAAAACUCCUAUAUAUAGCAGUUAACACGGGACCAGACAUUUCAGCCAUUGUGUCCAUUUUGUGUCAACACAACAUUGGAGCCACAAAAACUGACUGGGAUGAAGCAAAAAGGACUGAUUUAUACCUCAAAGGAACAAAAGAAUUAAAACCUAAACUCGGAGAUACCAAGGACAGCAAUAAAGAAUUUCUGAUUGGAUAUGCAGAUACAGACUGGGUUGAAAACAGAAGUGACAGGAAAUCCAACAGUGGAUAUUUGUUUCAAUCUGAAGAAGCAACGAUAAGUAGGGCUUUAAAGAAACAGGACUCUUUCUUUAACGGAGGCAGAAUACAUUGUUUUUGCAGAAGCAAGUAA